AUGAUUUCAAUUUUCGACAAGGCAGAGCCUCCACGAGAGACUCACCCUGCAAUGGAAAAACACGACUCGUCCGAUACAGAUCAUGAUGCCCAAUCGCAAGGCAAUGACAACAACCCCAGACCUUCCAGUGAGAAAGAGAGUACAUUAGUGGACGAGCCAAUUCAAUCCUCUAUAGCACCUGAUGAUGCAAACUUGAAUAAGGAUAGCUCAGCUUUGGAUACAACAAAAGAGACCCUCCCCAACGAAGAGUCGAACAGAGAAUCCCGACCACAGUGCGAUCCAGAGCAAGAUACUUCACCAAAAGACGAUAAUGGAGAGGACGCAAGCAGCAACGCCGACGACCCAGAGAAAGAUAUUGAGUACCCUUCCGCUCUCCGCCUGGUCCUCAUUACCAUCGCAUUGUGCCUCUGUGUUUUUUGUGUGGCUCUGGAUAAUACCAUUAUUGCAACAGCAAUUCCCAAGAUCACAGACCAGUUCAACUCACUGGAUGAUGUGGGCUGGUACGGCAGUGCAUAUUUAUUAACAACCUGUGCCGUUACUUUGACGUUUGGCAAGCUCUAUACUUUCUACUCCAUCAAAUGGAUUUAUUUGAUCGCUCUGUCGAUAUUUGAGAUUGGAUCUCUAGUAUGUGGCAUCACCCCAACUUCAGUGGGGUUGAUUUGUGGUCGUGCCAUUGCAGGACUGGGAGCCGCAGGUUUAUUCUCCGGGUCUAUCCUUAUUAUCACCCAAAGUGUUCCUCUUGACAAAAGACCCAUCUAUACGGGACUGGUUGGGGCUAUGUUUGGUAUCGCGAAUGUUGCCGGUCCAUUGAUGGGAGGAGCUUUCACAGACAAUUUGACCUGGCGCUGGUGCUUCUAUAUCAAUCUGCCCAUCGGCGCUGUCACCUUUCUCUUCAUCUUGUUCUUCUUUCAGAACCCCAGAGUAAUCAAGAAGAAAGCCGGAUGGAAGCAACAAUUAACUGAAAUGGACCUCGUCGGCACAUUCUUUUUCCUCCCUGCCAUUAUUAGCCUACUGCUUGCAUUGCAAUGGGGUGGAACCAAAUAUGCCUGGGGUAGUGGUCGCAUUAUCGGCCUCUUUGUGGUGUUUGGUGUUUUAGGCCUGGUGUUCAUGGCCACGCAGUCCUGGGCCGGAGAUCGUGCCACGGUGCCUCCUCGUUUGAUUAAGAAUCGCAACGUUUGGGGUGCUGCUUGGUAUUCCAUGGCCAUUGGUGCAUGUUACUUCGUUCUGGUAUAUUACCUCCCCAUUUGGUUUCAAGCCAUUAAAGGUGCGUCUGCGACGAAGUCAGGAAUCAUGAACCUGCCGAUGAUUAUCGCUGUCGUGGUCGUAUCUAUCCUGGCCGGGGGUCUUGUCACUGCUUGUGGUUACUACACUCCUUUCAUGAUUUUCUCGUCCAUUAUCAUUACUAUUGCAGCUGGGCUAUUGUCGACUCUUCAAGUUGAUUCGGGUCACCCCAAGUGGAUUGGAUACCAAGCCUUGUUUGGAAUUGGCCUCGGACUGGGUAUGCAGCAGCCGAUGAUUGUCGCACAGACGGCCCUGAAAGCUGAAGAUGUCCCCAGUGGGACUGCCAUGAUGAUAUUCUCACAAACGUUGGGUGGCUCUAUCUUCCUGUCCGUGGCUCAGAAUAUUUUCCAGAAUCAACUCUUCCACAACCUUGCUGUCGAUGCCCCGGACGCGAAUGCCGCCAAACUAGUGUCGGCCGGUGCAACUCUGCUGCGCUCUGUUGUGUCGGGUGCUGAGCUGCAUCGUGUUUUGAUCGCGUAUAAUGACGCUAUCACUCAGACAUUCUAUGUGUCAGUCGCCAUUGGUGCCUUGUCACUGGUGGGACCUAUCUUCAUCGAGUGGUUAUCGGUAAAGGGGAAGAAGAUCGAGAUGCCUGCUGCUUAG